AUGGAGAAGAAGUUUGGGAUGGAGGAGAAGUUUGGAAUGGAGGAGAAGAACCGAAGUAUGGAGAAGAAAUUAAGGAAGAAGAAGUUUAGGAAGGAGACGAAGCCAAGGAAGAAGAAGUUUUGGAUGGAGAAGAAGUUAAGGGUAAAGAAGAAAGUAUGGAUGGGGAAGAAGUUUGGGAUGGAGAAGAAGAAGCAGAAGAAGUUAAGGAGGAUGGAGAAGAAGUUAGGGAAGGAGAAAAAGUUAAGAAUGAAGAACAAGUUAGGGAAGGAGAAGAAGUUAAGGAUGGAGAACAAGUUAGGGAAGGAGAAGAAGAAGUUAAGGAUGGAGAAGUAG